AUGUCAAUCAAUGGAAAUUUAGCAGACCAUGAACUUCUACUUCAGUCGUUGUCCCUAGAGGACAAAUCAGAACAAAAAUGGUCGACAUCCACCUUUGCAAGACAUUUGGACGAGGAAGACCACGAUGCUAUGGACAUAGAUGACGAUCCGAUGGAUAUUGACGAUGAACUGGUGGAUGAGAAGAGCAUAAGUGACCCGAUACAGGGGCCAGAUGGUGAUACUGUCGAGGAUACUGCGACAGGGCCCUACACAGGAGAACUGAAUCACAAUCUACUUGCAUUAUUGUCGCCAACCAUGAUGGGAGCGAGAUUAGCUGUAACACACAAGCCAAAGCUUUUGAUUCCACCUUCGCCGAAGAGCUAUAACGGCAUGUCAACUGGCUUUCCCACUGGAGUAGAGUCACCACACCCGAGAAGGAGGCAGAGCUCCAUUGACUAUGAGUUUGAUGUGAGUGCUUUCCCAAUAAUAAAGAACACAAGCCAGUUAGCUUUGAAUCGUAACAAUCCUUCCUUUCACACUGUGGCAAAUUCCGCUCCAUUCGAAUCGUCGUCACCUGGAAGAUAUACGAAUUUCAAAGAUACCGACUAUACCACCAACCACACCGUGACUCAACAUCAGCCGCAAGCCAUUCAUCAUCACCAUUAUUACAUGAAUGCGGUGAAUCACCAAUCUGAAUCAGAACUUAUACAAAGAGCCCACGUAAAUAAAUUAGAGAUAAGCAAACUACGCAACGAAGAAUUACAGAGAUACUGGGCUGAGCUGAGGCAAGAUUCGAGUGACUUAACUCCGAGACUGGACUACAUUAACCUACCGGCACCUUGGCAUCGAGAUAUACACCCACACGAGAGGAUUCCGUACAUUGUAUCAUCGUACUUGCAUUUGUUUAUCAAUUUUAUCAUCUCGAUGUAUUUCAUCUACCUCGUCUAUUAUAUCGCAACAACCAUAAAAUCUGAUGUGAACCACAAGAUUCAGAUACAAAAACGUACCAUCCAAUCGCAAAUAGACACGUGCCGGACAUUGUUCUACGAAAGUAAAUGUGAUAAUCCAGAAUACAACACGUUACCGAUCUUACGCAAGAAAUGCGAGACUUUGGCAUUGGGAAUGAACCAGGAUCCUAAUUCCAUUGGAAACUUGUCGACUAUCAAUGCGCAAAUCAUUGGAUUGAUUUUAAACUCUUUAGUCGAGCCAUUGGGGUUCAAGUUCUUUAUGUUUUUGUUAUGGUGUGGAAUUGUGGUGUUUGGAUGCAAUUUUGUGUUUGGAUUUGUUCGUGCAAAAACGUAUUACGGUAACCAGAGAGAUAUGGAAAUCCUGAGUCGAAAGAAUGAAUAG